AUGGCGACUAUGCCAGGCGAAUAUUCGAUGGGUGGAACGUUCACUCUCACCACGACCUACGCGGCUUCUGCGACCUUCAGUUUCAACGGCACGGGGGUGACUAUCUUCGGCGCGAAACGACAGAAUCACGGGUUCUUCAACAUCACCCUGGAUGGGACGUUCAUCAGUACCAAUAACGGCUCAUCCGGUGCUCUGGACGGCAUAUGGGGUCCCCUGUUUUCAUCUGGCCCGCUAGAAGAUGGGUGGCACACCAUCGUAGUGGUGAACUCGGGCUCAGGGACUGCGCAGGGCUACUUCGAUCUUGAUUACAUUGGCUUUAAUACAAGCGUUACAACGGAUACCCAGCGUGUACAAGACACGCAUCCGUCUUUUUCCUAUCGGGGCUCCGGCUGGUCCACCGCAGUGGCGAAUGCGGCACAGUAUAAUGGGACCAACGGCCAUAUGACUUGCGACCCGGGCGACUCCGUUACGUACACUUUCCAAGGUGACGCUUGGUGCCGGGACUCCGUGCAAGUCUAUGGGGCUCUAGCUCCUGCUAUGGGGUCGUACAGUGUGUCACUUGAUGGUGGCGAAUCCGCGCUGUACGAUGGAAAGCAGGCGAUCUUCUACGGCAACACUAUGUUGUAUGCCGCAAGCGCACUUCCAUCAGGCCGACACGAUGUGACACUCACCAAUGUGGGCGACCCCUCCAACUCCACUUGCCUGAGCAUCGACUACGCGAUUGCGGGUUUGGCUGACCUUAGUGUAUCCUUGUCUACGUCCGGAUCGGCCACGAAUGGUGCUGGUGCCACACAGACGAGCUCUCCUUCAGGAACUGCAGCAGCAACCUCUGCCACUCGCACUUCUUCUGCAGCAAUUGCGGGUGUCUGCGUCGGUGCCGCUAUCUUCGUGGGCCUGGUCUUCGCAGCUCUGUGGUUCUUCUUCUUCCGUCGCCGACGAGCGACACGGAAAACUGCCAUGGCGGCAGACAAUCCCCCGGAGUAUAGCUACCAACAUACAGAGAGCUCACACACGUCUGAAACCAGACAGACGGAUUUGUCACAGUACAACUUUGUCCUUCCGAAUCCUCAUUACGGGGGAUCCUUGGAUGCCAACUUCGGACUUCCUUCACCAGAGCAUCUUGCGAUUCCUGCGAUACAGAAUGCCGGUACCGAAGAGGCGUUCUCCCCGCAGACAUACUUCUCCGGUACGGAGAACGAGGAUUAUCCUCGAAAUGUAUCGAGUAGGAUCGAACCGAACCGAAAAACACAGUCGUAG